AUGGAGUUUGACACAGGUUCCAGUGUUGCUUUGUGUUCGGAACGUUGGUUUGUACAGUCAGGUUUGUCUUGUGUGUUGUCUCCGCAUCAUCAGCUUCUUAAAGUAGCUAACGGUCAGUCCGAGGAAGCUAAGGGAAAGGCUACUGUUAAUGUGACAUUCAAAGGAAAGAGAAUCCCUGGUUUAGACUUAGUGAUUGUCAAAGGGAACUUUCCGGCUUUGUUUGGAUGGAACUGGAUAACAGCAUUCCUGGGUAAGAGUUGGUUGAAAGAUAUACUGGAAAGAUUCAACGCUGAGGGUAAGAGUAGUUUGUGUCAGUAUGUUGUGCGAGAGGUUGAGUCAGUUGGUCUAGACCGUGAGUCCGUGUUGCAGGAUCGUGUGUCUGUUGAGUGUGGCAGUGAGGUGUCGCAUGGUGAGACCAUGGACGAGUCAGUCAGUUUGGACCGUAAGUCUGUGUUGAUGUCGCAGGAGCGUGUGUCCGUAAAGUGUGACAGUGUUUUGUCGCAUGGUGAGACUGAGCAGCCUGAUGUGUUGUGCAGUGUGAGCGAGAAGUCUGUUGUUCGUGUUAAAGACCCUAGCGAGGAUGCUAAGGGAGUCAAAGACUUUGGUAGGAAUACCAAGGGAGAUCAGAGACUCGAUGUAAGACUCAUCGAGGAUAAAGAAAGAAGAACAAAGACAAAGAAUCAACCUGCAGCUACAGUUCUAUUCAGAACUCUGGACCAGUUGAAACAGAGUGAAGUGUUCACUAGUGGUCUGGGACUUGUGGAAGGAUUCAAAGCUCAACUGAGGAUCAAAGACGACGCUACACCUAUAUCGUUGAAAGCUCGGAUGUUACCGUUUGCUAUAAAAGACAAGGUGAAAGAAGAACUCCAAAGAAUGGUAGAAGACGGAAUCUUAAAGAGUGUGGAAAGUUCUGAAUGGGCAACGCCCAUUGUUGUGGUUACCACAAAGCAAAAGAUAAGGAUCUGUGGUGAUUACAAGUCAACAGUUAACAAGUGUCUCGCAGUGAAGCAGUAUCCUAUUCCUUCGUUAGAGGAAUGUCUUCAUGCAGUCAGAGGAGGUGUUGUGUUUACCGUGGUGGAUAUAGCCAAAGCGUACAACAAUCUCGAGCUGAGGGAAGCAGAUAAGACAUUGACGACGUUAAACACACCUUUUGGACUCUACCGGUGGAAUCGUUUAUCUUAUGGCGUAUCAAGCUCGGGUGCUAUUUUUCAGGAAGUAGUGGAUGAAGCUCUCAAGGGAAUACCGAUGACUGCAUGUCGGAUUGAUGACAUCAUCGUGUCUGGGAGAACAAAGCAGGAACACCUGGAAAACUUGAACCGUGUGAUACAAAUCUUGGAGAAGAAAGGGUUUAAAUGCAACCGUAAGAAGAGCCAGUUCGAGAAAGAACAAGUUGUUUACUUGGGUCACGUUAUAUCGAAGGACGGUAUUAGAACUGUGCAGAGUAAGGUGAAAGACUUACAAGCAUCUAAAGUUCCAACGAACACGGAGGAGCUAGUCAGUUUUCUUGGAGCAGUUAACUAUUAUCGACGAUUUCUACCAGAUCUAUCAACAGUAGUUGCACCACUAGAUAGAUUGAGGAGCAAAGAUGUGUCUUGGAAGUGGACGAAGACGGAACAGAAGUCUUUUGACAAGUUGAUUGAGAUGCUAGGAUCAGAUCGAGUUUUGACUUAUUAUCAGCCGGAGUUGGAGCUAAAACUCGACACAGACGCAUCUAGUGUUGGAUUGGGCGCCGUGCUGAGCCAUGUACUACCUUCAGGGGAGGAACGUCCAAUAGAGUAUGCUUCUAGGACUUUAUCGUCAGCAGAGCGAAAUUAUGCUCAAAUUGAUAGAGAAGCGUUAGCGAUUGUAUGGGGGAUCAAGAAGUUCAACAUAUACUUGUAUGGACGGAAGUUUAAGCUGAUCACCGACCACAGACCGCUCACUUAUAUCUUUGGAAAGAACAGACUUCCGCAGAUGGCUUCAAGUAGAGUAAACCGAUGGUCAUUAUUCCUAUCAGAAUAUGAUUAUACAAUUGAGUACCGGUCAACAAAGCAACAUGCAAACUGUGAUUUCUUAUCCAGAUUACCGUGCAGUAAAUCUGUGAAAACUUCAGAAGUUCAAGAUGAUCUAGCUGAGAUAUUUGCUGUUACUCUGGAGGAUGCUUACAUUGACGCAGAGCUGAUUGCGAGGGAAAUUAGAAAAGACCUUGUUUUGAGUAAGGUAUUUGGUUACAUUCAUGAGGGAUGGCCAAGUAACUUGAAAGCAGAGGGGGAUAUGCAAGCAUUCUGGAACAGAAGAGAUGAGUUAGCAUUGGAACUUAACUGUAUUACCUGGGGAACGAGAGUGGUGAUACCUGCACAGUUAAGAGGUCAUGUCAUGAAGAUCUUACACAGCACGCACAUUGGAAUGUGUGGUAUGAAAUCGAUAGCUAGAAGCUAUGUGUAUUGGCCGAGAAUAGACGCGGAUAUUGAAAACACAUGUAAAACAUGUGAUAGUUGUGGAAAGUAUGGUAACUCAAAACCUAGAGUCGCUGAUCAUCCCUGGAAUCAACCAACCGGACCAUGGCAGCGGGUUCAUGUGGAUUAUGCAGGACCGUUCAUGAACAGCAUGUGGUUAGUAUUGCAAGAUGCUUACAGCAAAUGGCCGGAAGUUAUCAGGAUGAACAGUUCAACAGCUCAUGCUACCGUGAAAGCGUAA